AGAAGAAACCACUACCUUCCCAGGAUUGCCUGUUUCUCCCCCUUCUCUUUACGCGCGCGUGUGCGUGUGGCGCGUGUGCGCCCCUCGUCCCUUCCAUCCGAACGCGGUCUUGGAUGUUUAAUAAAGAAAUCAAGUGUCUCAACAGUCACCCCAAAAAAAAAAAAAAAACCAAAAAAACCAAAAAUCUCCAAAAAAGCAAAAAAAAAAAAAAAAAACCAAAAAGAGAGAGACAGAGAGGCGAGAGAGCGAGGGGGAGCGAGAUUCCAAAACAAACAAACAAACAAACAACAAGGCAGAGCCAACCUCUACUUGCGAGCAGCCGGCGCGAGCCGCCCGUGUCCGCCGCCCGGAGAGGGGGGUCUCCUCGGGCCCGUGGUGGAGGAGUUGCAGGGGGGAUCGCCGGGGGGACUGAGGCCGAGUGACGCCCCAGGAGCCGCCGGGCAGGAGGCGGAGGAGCCCCGGAGAGGCGAGAGAGCAGCGGGCCCCCGCGCGCGGCUCGGGGCUGGGCCGCCAGAAGUGGGACUGGAGCGAAGUAGAGCGAUGCCAAGGAGGAAACAGCAGGCACCCAAGCGGGCGGCAGGCUACGCCCAGGAGGAACAGCUGAAGGAAGACGAGGAAAUAAAAGAAGAGGAGGAGGAGGAGGAGGACAGUGGUUCAGUAGCUCAGCUUCAGGGCAGCAAUGACCCGGGGACAGACGAGGAGCUAGAGACGGGUCCGGAGCAGAAGGGCUGCUUCAGCUACCAGAACUCUCCCGGGAGCCACCUGUCCAACCAGGACGUGGAGAACGAGUCUCUGCUGAGCGAUGCCAGCGAUCAGGUGUCGGACGUCAAGAGCAUCUGCGGGCGGGAUGUCUCGGACAAGAAGGCCAGCGCGCACCCCAAGCUGCCCGGCGAAAGCCACAACUGCAUGGAUAAAAUGACCGCCGUCUACGCCAACAUCCUGUCCGAUUCCUACUGGUCGGGCCUGGGCCUGGGCUUCAAGCUGUCCAGCAGCGAGAGGCGCAACUGUGACCCCCGCAAUGGCAGCAGCAAGACGGAUUUCGACUGGCACCAGGACGCACUGUCCAAAAGCCUCCAGCAGAACUUGCCUUCCAGGUCGGUGGGGAAGCCCAGCCUGUUCAGCUCGGUGCAGCUGUACCGACAGAGCAGCAAGAUGUGCGGGACCGUGUUCACCGGGGCCAGCAGGUUCCGCUGCCGCCAGUGCAGCGCCGCCUACGACACCUUGGUCGAGCUGACCGUGCACAUGAAUGAGACGGGCCACUAUCAAGAUGACAACCGCAAGAAGGACAAGCUGCGACCCACGAGCUACUCGAAGCCCCGGAAGAGGGCUUUCCAGGAUAUGGACAAGGAGGACGCUCAGAAGGUUCUCAAGUGCAUGUUUUGUGGCGACUCCUUCGAUUCCCUCCAAGAUCUGAGCGUCCACAUGAUAAAAACAAAACAUUACCAAAAAGUGCCUUUGAAGGAGCCAGUACCAACCAUUUCGUCGAAAAUGGUCACCCCGGCCAAGAAACGCGUCUUUGAUGUCAAUCGCCCGUGUUCCCCCGAUUCGACCACAGGCUCCUUUGCAGACUCGUUUUCUUCUCCGAAGACCGGUGGCCUGCAGCUGUCGUCCAACAACCGCUAUGGCUACCAGAACGGCGCCAGCUACACCUGGCAGUUUGAGGCCUGCAAGUCCCAGAUCCUCAAGUGCAUGGAGUGCGGCAGCUCGCACGACACCCUGCAGCAGCUCACCACCCACAUGAUGGUCACCGGGCACUUCCUCAAGGUCACCAGCUCGGCCUCCAAGAAAGGGAAGCAGCUGGUGCUGGACCCCCUGGCCGUGGAGAAAAUGCAGUCGCUGUCAGACGCCCCGAACAGUGAUUCGCUGGCCCCCAAGCCAUCAGGUAACUCAGCCUCUGACGGUGCGGCGUCCACGACCGAGCCGAAGAAAGAAAGUAAGAAGGACAAACCAGAGGAGAUGGACAAGGACGAGAGAGUCAUGAAAAGGGAGGAGUAUGAUGAUCCUCUGCAAAAGCCUUUAGACCCCACCAUAAAAUAUCAGUACCUAAGGGAGGAGGAUUUGGAGGACGGCUCCAAGGGCGGAGGGGACAUCUUGAAGUCAUUGGAAAACACCGUCACCACAGCCAUCAACAAAGCCCAGAAUGGGGCCCCCAGCUGGAGCGCGUACCCCAGCAUCCACGCGGCCUACCAGCUGUCGGAGGGCGCCAAGCCGGCUCUGCCCCUGGGAUCCCAGGUCCUGCAGGUUCGGCCCAACCUCACCAACAAGCUGAGGCCAAUUGCCCCAAAGUGGAAAGUCAUGCCGCUGGUGUCCAUGCCCACCAACCCGGCCCCGUACACCCAAGUGAAGAAGGAGCCCGACGACAAAGAGGAAGCCGUGAAGGAGUGCGGGAAGGAGAGCCCCCAGGAAGAGGCCUCGCCUUUCAGCCACAGUGAGGGGGAUGCUUUCUCCAAAAGCGAAGCCCCUUCGGAAACCAAGAAGGCCGAGCCUCGUCUCCUGAAGGAGGAGGCCCGGCUGGUGGAGGAGGGCGGCGAGCCCGAGAAACGACCGCCCCUGGAGCCCGCGCCCACUCUCAGCAACGGGUGCACCCUCCCCACGCGGGCGCCCGCCCUGCCGUGCAUCAACCCGCUCAGCGCCCUGCAGUCCGUCCUGAACAAUCACCUGGGCAAGGCCACGGAACCCCUGCGCUCCCCCUCCUGCUCCAGCCCAAGCUCAAGCACAAUGUCCAUGUUCCACAAGUCGAAUCUCAGCGUCCUGGACAAGCCGGGCUUGAGUCCCGCCCCGACGCGGCCCGCCAGCGUGUCCAGGCGCUACCUGUUCGAGAGCAACGAUCAGCCCAUCGACCUGACCAAGUCCAAGAGCAAGAAGGCCGAGUCUGCGCAAGCACAAUCCUGUACGUCCCCACCUCAGAAGCACGCUCUGUCGGACAUCGCCGAUAUGGUCAAGGUCCUGCCCAAAGCCACCACCCCGAAGCCCGCCGCGUCCUCGCGGGCCGCCCCCGUGAAGCUGGAAAUGGAUGUGAGGCGCUUCGAGGAUGUCUCCAGCGAGGUCUCCACCUUGCAUAAGAGGAAAGGCAGGCAGUCCAACUGGAACCCUCAGCACCUCCUGAUCUUGCAGGCGCAGUUCGCCUCGAGCCUCUUCCAGACAUCCGAGGGCAAGUACCUGCUGUCCGACCUGGGCCCUCAGGAGCGAAUGCAGAUCUCCAAGUUCACGGGGCUCUCAAUGACCACGAUCAGCCACUGGCUGGCAAACGUCAAGUACCAACUUAGGAAAACGGGCGGGACAAAAUUUCUGAAAAACAUGGACAAGGGACACCCUAUCUUUUAUUGCAGUGACUGUGCCUCCCAGUUUAGAACCCCUUCUACCUACAUCAGUCACUUAGAGUCGCACCUAGGUUUCCAAAUGAAGGACAUGACGCGCCUGGCGGUGGAGCAGCAAAGCAAAGUGGAACAAGAGAUCUCCCGGGUGUCGUCGGCUCAGAGGUCUCCGGAAACAAUAGCUGGCGAAGAGGACACAGACUCUAAAUUCAAGUGUAAGUUGUGCUGUCGGACAUUUGUGAGCAAACAUGCAGUAAAACUCCACCUAAGCAAAACGCACAGCAAGUCACCCGAACACCAUUCACAGUUUGUAACAGACGUGGAUGAAGAAUAGCUCUGCAGGACAAAUGCCUUAGUUUCAACUUUUCCAGCCUGGAUCCCCCUCACCCUGAGUCCUUCAUUGUAUACCACCUGCUUCUGACACUGAACUCCUCCUGACACCCUGCUCUGAGAAGACUGCCAAAAAAAAAAAAAAAAAAGAAAGAAAGAAAGAAAAAGAGAAAAAAAGAAAAAAGGAAAAAAAAAAAAAACCCAGCCCAGCCAUCUCUCUUCAUUCUUACUAACAAUUUGGUAAUGAAGUAUUGAUUUCCACUUCUCUGCUUAUGGACGAUAUUAGAUUUUCAUUGAUAAACUGCAAAGAGGCAGUCUCGUCUCCAUGGUCCCCUUUUCACUGUCACGAGAAAACAAAGUGCCACUGAAGAAAAAUAAUGACUGAGAACAUUGAUGUACUUAUUCCGUCGGUCUGUAACCCUUGACAGGAAAGGGCGGGGGAGUAUGAGUCCUCAUAGUUUAAUGUCCAAGUGAGCUGUGCUAGAUGCAGACCCUUGGAAGCUUACUUUCCAUGGUAAUGUCCAUUUCCUAUUUAUAACCCCUCUGGGAACGUUUGUCGAAAGGAAAUGUUUCUGUUCAGAGCAACAAUUACGGUUGCACCUGGAUUGCCCAGUCCUGGCCCUGCACUGGGGAGCCAUUCAUCACCGCAAAGUGGAAGAAUUAUUAAGUUAGACCAGAGUUUGAGCCAAGAAAACCUCUGAACAAUGUUCAUCUUCUGUGAAAGUUGUUCAAACGGUUAGGCUUAACCAUGUUGCUGCCAAAGACUUUUUUCCCAAGCGCUGGUGGGCAUCUUUUUAAUCAUCGUCUUUGUUGGUCACACACACACACACACACACAUAAAAACCCACAAAAGACAAAAGCAACAACAACAACAAAACAACGGUUUUAAGUCCACAUAGGAGACCUGCAACCUGGCAGAAGCAGGGAAGGUGGUGAGAGGCGGGAUCGGAAGGCAAGCGAGAAGAUGAGAUCUCUGCAGGGUGGAAAGUUCAGCGGCCCCCUUGCCCGGGGAUCUCUGUCUGCAGGACCUGUUGUUUCUGGACGGGGAGACCAGCUUAGCUCGAGAAGCAAUAGAAAGCAUGAAAUAGGGUGUCCGUUUUAAAUGUGUUCCCGCAACUUUUUUCAUUAAAACUUUUGAGGGCCCAAUUUUAAUUUGUGGAAUAUUCCCGUUAAUAAUGAGAUCUAAUUAAGACAUCCAUUAAAAGCCCGUUAAAGUUAAUUUAACGUAAAAAUUCCAAUAGAACUGUAUUAGAUUUUCUCCAUUAAAUUAACGUUAUGGAUUUUUAACGGAUGUCUUAAUUAUACGUUAUUAUUAACGGGAAUACUGUAUUACACAGAUUAAAAUCAGGUCCUAAGUCAACUUGGAAAAGCUAAGAGCAUGUUUUAAUAUGGAAAGUCUUGCAUACCUAGCGCACAGUUUGGAGAUUCAGGGGUAGAGCUGUUUACUCUGGUUGAGCAUUUCUAUACAACUCAAAGCAAUCUAUAAACAGGCAAAUCUAUCAUUGCAUUUAAACAAUGAAUUUCCUUAUUCUCAAAGGACAAAUGAUGUCUGGAUUGUGUUAUAAACUGCUGCUCAGCUAUAGGCGAAAUAGUUAAACUACUCUAGGUACAACACUAGGAACUUGAGGAUUCUGAAACAAACAAAAAAAAAACAAUUUUGUGAUUGCUUUAAUUACCGAGGUUAUCACACGCAAAAAAAUCUCAACACCAACAACACGAAGCCAAAUAUCCUCUUCACCGUUUCUCCUGGAAGCUGCCUGUUGAAAUUGCUUUGGAAAUUUUGACAUGAUCCCUAAAUUCAACAUUGGGAUUAAAAAAAAAAAAAAAAAAAAAAACUUCUUAUUUACCUCCUAGGGAAAGUGUUGCCCUUAUGCCACAUAUAAUAGCAAAUUGCUUUUUUUAUGGCAUGCAUAACCUAGAUGGGAAAAAAUAUGGCGCUUCGGGGAAGGAGGGAAAAAGUAAAUGAAGUUCCAGGAAUGUCAUUCUGAAGUAAUGAGGCAUGGACAGAAAAUAUACCCCUCACAUCAUCGGAUUGAGAUGGCAGUCGAAAUAGCUUCAUUGAAGUGUCAGCACUCAUCCAUCAAUCAAUCACCCACAAGGAAAAAUAGCAACAGUACAACGGGGCGGCUUUUAUGGGAUUUACUCAUGGGCAUAGGGAAUAGCGGCUCAAAUGUAGUUCUGACAUGAAAAGCAAGGUGCUGAUAUUAUUUUUUAUGAUGGGAGGAUCAUAAAGUGAAUUGAGAACAGCGAGGUCUGUCUUUGCUUAACCUAUUCAACCAGAAAUGAAUGGAGCUCAACUGGAAAGGAACAGUCUUCGCAUGGGUUAAGAUUGAAGGGUGGACUCUACUGAGCACCGUCCUUCGACAACGAAAUUCUAUUAAAGGAAAAUCAAUGCAUUAGCAUUGGGCUUCUUGAAGCCGUUAAAAAUUGUCUGCUCCAACCCAGGGUUAUUAGAUAAAGUUACGUAAUUCAGAUUCUGUCGCUACCCUUCAAAAGCAGAUUCUUGAGCUCUUGCUCCAACUGGAGGGAGACAAUACAAUUCUCAACUCCAUGGAAAUUGUUUCCCCUCUAAGAAAAAAAAAAAAAUAAAUCAUCUGCUUCAACAUUUAAUCUAUAUGGUUUUGUUAGCGCAAUUUCUAUGGAGGGGUGGGGUGGGAGGCGAGAGACAAAAAUAUUGAUAAAUUUGGUAAGAUUCAUGAAUUGUCACUUGGUAACUGUAAAUGUCACUGCUGAGGGACAGCUGUUAAUGUUCUCCCUAGGAAACAAGAUCUGGGUUCAUGCUGUGAGAUAAACACAGCCCUGAGUACAUUUCUAGAGACCAGGCCUGUCUUUCAUUUGGAAAGCCCUGUGAGGCUUCUAGAAACUUCUCUCUGGAGGGAAAAACUAACAUGAGCUCAGAAGAAUGUUUGUAAUCUGCUUUCUGACCACCCUCUUCCUCUCUCAGAGCAAACAUAGUGCUGAUAUAUUGGGACUUUAGAACUGGAAAGGAGCAUGACGUGCAAAUAUCAUGCUAAUCACACUCAAGUAUCUCCAUUCCACCACCAACACUUGUUAUCAGUGGGGGGUGAGAAACUGCCUUUUCUUCCCCCAUCCCUCCUUCUAGCUAAGACCACUAACCAGCUGCAAACUAAAAUGUCCACUGGAAAAAAAAAAUAUUUAAGUUUUAUGUAUUUGGUCCCAUUUUGUAGUUCAGCAACUUCACCAGUUGUACAACAUGUUACAAAGCACUGGGGUCGGGGGUGGCGGGCACAAGGCAGAAUGGGAAACACGAUUUAUUCAGCCAAUUCGUUCCAAAAUAUUAGGAGACACCUGCUAUGUGCACGGUACUAUUCUAGGUGCUAUGGGAUACAGCAGCGAACAAUGCAACACAACAGCCUGGCCCUUCUGUACUUAUAGCUUCUCCUAGAGGUAGCUGAUAUCAGACACCUGCCGGAGGAGCUCACAGAGGGUCCAACUCCCCUGUGUCAUUUGUGGUUUCAUUCCUGUUUUUCAAAAUACUAAUAUUUCAGGAUAGGGAUUUCUCCUUCUGAAAAGCAUACAGAAAGGAAAUAGCUUAAAAACAGGUCAAGGCCUAAAUGUAGACUAUAAUCACAGAUACAUUGGCUAGCCCAGACAGUCCCCACAGAAUUCCUUUAAGGCCACAAAUAGAGUUCUUCAAACUCACCCCCAAAAUGUGCCUGCUUGGGUUGUUUGAGUCUUGCAUAAUUAAUGUCACAGACACAAGCCGCUGAACUUCGUCGAAAUGCAGAAAAUAAGCUCAUGAAAUGACAUACUUGGGAAGCAUUUACGUAACUCUGGUUUAAGCAGUGAGGAGGUGUACAUAUACGAAUUCACUUUUUAUUUUCCAGGCUCCACGGACAGUGACACACUAAGAGUCUAUGGUUUCCUGAAACUUCUCACAGUCAAUCCAAAGAUUACAAGGCCUUAAAAGGUGCACGAGUCCUGUUGCUUUUCUAUCUGUCACUUCACCGGCUACUUGACUGUGUUCAAAUCUUUCUCAUUGGGUUUCAUUUUUUUAAUCUUGUUAUAUGUUUUUGUUAAAACACACACACACGUUAAAAAUGUCAUUUUCACAUCCUCCUCUACUCUCCUCAAGAACAGAAGCGUGUCGAUGUAUAGAACUACAUAUGUGUAUGUGUAGCAAUAAAGUAGUAUCUGUUUUGAACGAGCAUUAGGCAAGAAAAAAAAUCCCAACUGAACUUUCGGUUUAUUUUUUUCCCCUGUGAGAUGUUAAAAUGCUAAUUUCAUUUUCUCCCUUCCUAUAUGUGGCACUUUCUCAAAAUAUCCAUGAAAUACUUUUAGACAAAGAUUGAGCAGGAGAACGAGAUACAAAUUUCCAUCCCCCCAGACAGAGAGAUAGGUUUCCAUUGUAGGGAAGCAUUAAACAUUUUGAAACUUGUGAAUCAUCUUUAGAAUUUCUAGGGGGGAAUUUUACCUCUUCAUCCAAAGUAAAAGCCACUUAUCUCCUUUGGUUUCCUGUGACAGAUUCAGAGGCAUACGCAGAUAUACAAUUUCCAGGCUCUAGUUAAUCUUCUUCCAAUAGUUACGAACAAUGGGCUAACGGGCGUGGGUGUUUCUCCAAAAAUUAUUCAUGCGCAAGGCAGCCCAAAGCUUCAGGGAAAACUAGAAAUGUUUUAUGGAUUAGAAUAGGACUGUUUUAAAAUGCUGGUACCAGGUGGAAUGCUAUUUCUGCAACAGGACUCUGUCCAUUUCCUUUGGAAAAAUAUAUUCCAAGUAAAAUGGCUCUUCCAAGCAAUGGCACCCUUUUAUGACACCUUUCAGCACACAAAUGAUUUUACCAAUAGCCAUACGAUUAUCAUUAAGGCCUUUGAACAAACGAUCUGUUUGAAAAAGAUAGAUUAAAUUCUCACAGCCCUCUCUACAAUGUUUGUUUGCUUAAAACCGCUUUUGGAAGUACAAAUAAUAACUCUUUUGUGAAAACCCCCAGGAGAAGUUGAAAAACUCGAACAAAUGCAUUACUUACAAAAAGAAAAAAAAAAAUCUACCACUCCCUUCAACCCCUCCAGAAAAUGAAUUUCAGUGUGUUCACUGAAUUAUCUUGAACCUGAAACCUGCGUUUGGGUAUCAGUCCCCAGGUAAAGGCUUAUAUUUACAGAACUUGCACAAUCAUACGAUUAUAUCUCAAAUGUGAAGACUUUGUACAGUAAUAUUUUCACUUUCUAAAUGACCCAUACAACAAUCAGGAAGUAUAAAUGUGUACGUAUAUUUUUUAAAUAUACAAAGUUCAACUGGUCUGUGAGGAGAAGAAGCAAAAACUGUUCCCGCCCUGUAUUGAGAUAAAUACAACAGAAACAUUCCAGUUUUGCAAUACAAUAUUUUGGCUUAUAACACAGCAGAUGCUAGAAUGUGCAAUGCAAGUAAAAAAAAAAAAAAAAAAAGCUGACAUACGAAACAAUUCUUAUUUGGCUCAGGGUUCUUAAAUGUCAUAAUAUCUCGGGAUACAAUAUACUUUCUGGUCUCUAAUAUACUUACAUCCUCCUAAUCUCUCCUGACUUGGAUUCCUAACAUCCAGGCACAGUCAGCAUGAAUCAUAAACUUUCAAACCCCUCUAAAAUCAAGAAGAUAGUUGAUCAUACACAGUCUUUUUAAUGGUCAACCCGUUCUCACUCUGCAGAGCGCUUGUAGCUUUUUAGGAAAUUUGGUGUCAACCAUAUUUAUGUUACACAUUUGCUCCCUUCUGUUGAUUCUAGAUUUUUUUUUUUUCUUUUAGAAUAGGCAGUGGGGAAGUUAGGGCGGAGUGAGUUAGGAGAAUCACAUUCAUCCCUGCUCUGAAGGAAAGUGUUUAUUUGCCAGCGAAGAAAAGCAAAGACAUUUUUAUAUUAGGAAAGCAGACUAGUCAUUUUCAAAGAAAAAUGACUGCAACCAUACCUGUAGAAUGUUUCCGUGCAAAUGCACUAAUUUUCUAUCGCCUGCAUGCUGUAUAUAAUACAUUUGCCUGUAUACUAGGAGCAAAAGCCAGGCUGUUUUCCCUGUAUACAAUGCAGCUUGGAUGACUGGGAACGUAAGCCUUCCAUACAUUUUUAUACUGUACAUAUUUGUAUAUACUAACUAUAUCGCCAUGUAUGAACACAGAUUUUGUUAUAUUUGCUUGUUUCUGUUUCCUACCAAACUGGCCCACGAUGGGGAUCCUUUUGUAUAGAAAAAAAAUAUGCUUGUAAUUUUUUCUUGGUCAUUCUCUUUCAAUAGCUUACGAAAGAAUUAGAUCUGAGUUUACAAAGAAAUUCUAAAAACCAAGUUUGUCUGCAUGAGCCCCGUCCAAUUGCUGGAUCUAGGGAGGAACCAACGUCCUAAUUCAGAGUUUUCCUUUAAAGGCAUGCUUUACCCCUUGGGAAAACUGCAAACUCAUCCAUGUAGAAUGAUCCUCUUUGUAUUUUAUCUAAUAGUGCCUGAAAAUUUUUUUUAAUGUCUUCUUAGAGGAAGAAUUCAUAAUUGUCGAAAUUUGAAACAUUAGCUUAAUUUUGUUUUUAUGACCUCGCAAUUCUCCUCCUUAUUUAUUCGGUUGCUGUUGUAAUGGGGCCCCAGGCCAUUCCUGACAUCGGCGUGUUCUUCUUCUGCAUUAAGGAUGUUUUUAAAAUUACAGAGAUUAUUGAGCCAACAGGCUGUUUUAAUCAAAACCAUGUUUCACUUGUUUUUGAUGAUUAUAAAUUGUCCUUGCUAUGAAAAAAAAAAAAAAAAAGUUUUCUGCUAGGAAAAUUAUACCACCCUGUGGCCAAACAGAUUCAUCACAGAUAGGCAGGCAUCUGUGCCCACUUCUCUGGGAUCUGGAAAAUUCUUCCCUUGGCUAGCCACACUUUCUUUUACUCCUCAUCAUCCCGAAUGCCGGGGCUCAAUGCAGCCCCUGUUUGCAAAUUUCCAAAGGUUUGGCCGAGUUGUCACUGCCCAAAGACAAACAACCGAGCUGGAAAUGAUGGCUUUCCAGCUUGAAAAAAAGUAUGCAGGGAUUUUCUUCAGAAAAGGUGCUCCCGCCUUUGUCCCUUGCUGCCACCAUCCUGUCAUCUCUCCUAAUUAUAAACAAUCUGGUCUUGAUACCCCAUAUAACUUAAAUCAGGUCAAAAGAAACAUACAGAUCAGCCCCUCGCUGAAUAAAAAUGACUUCGUUUGGAUGCACUUAAGACGUAUGCCUGUGUCGGAUGCUGCAGCAUUGAAAUUAUCUCUAUAAGGAGAGAUUUUUUAAAUACAAUUUUACCACUAGAAAUAAAUUCUCUGAUGGUGGAGAUGAAGAAAACUCUUAAAUUAUAUCACAGAAGCCAUUAUUUUUUACAUCUAAAGAGUUGGGUGUUUUUUUUUUUUUUAAGAAAAUCAUUCUACUUUGCGAACUGUAAUUAAAGCCCUAAAUAAUAGAUACUACUUCUUUUAGCUAUUGUGAAAAACUAAUAACACAGUCGCCAAGGUUAUAUGGAGCCCCUCAUUUCCAUCAAAAAGGUUUCUAUAAGUGUAUUAUUUACAUUUUUAAACAUGAUGACUCUUUCCUUUGUGACAAAAAAAAAAAAUCUUUCUUUUUUUCCACUCAACAGUGGAAAAUAGAAUGUUUCCCAUCUGAAACCUUACGGUAAUUUGCAUCAGGAAACCCAACUGCUGACAUUAAGGACUUGGGUGUGUUCGAUUAUGAUUUUGCUGGAGGCUGUCCCUCAUUCUAACGCUGCCGAUCUUAAACCACCUUUCUGAGACCCAGCUGAUACAGUAGAACCUAGACAUGCCUCUCAACACCAUUAGCUUUGCAAAUGGCUUCGUUUCAGUCAACACCGACUUUCGCUUUGGCCAACUGAAUGAAAAUUAAAGGAGAGAAGAAGAAGAAAAAAAACACAGAUGCACUUAAAACAUGAAAAGAAUUAUUUAUAUGAUAAAAAUAUAUUUAGAUUUUCAAAGCACAAGACUGAAUAGAAGUGCUCUUUUUAUGCUUUGUGAAGAUGUUACUGGUAAAUGUCUUUCUACAUCAGGCUUAAUAAAUCUGUAAUGACAUUUGA